GCUCUGAUUCCGUUUGACUUUUUCCUUUCCUUAAGUGUGGCGUGACGAUAGCAUCAACGAUUGAUACUCUGCUUCAUCUGAUAACCUUACAGACUGAGCUUGAUGUCGUUAAUUUAACGCACACACUUACUGCCUCUAGUUCUAGACCUUACCGACAUCGAGAUCCUCAGGACUGUCAAAUUUGGCUUGGUUGCCUUGUUCUACUUCUAGUUUCUUCUAUGCACCUCCUUUAACUUUUAGAAGAAACGAAGUCAAGUUGUUGUUCUGCCUCGAAACAUUCAACCGGCACCAGACCAAAUUCGUCGCAGACGCCCUUUUACUCGCCAAGACGCCAACUAAGGUGGCAAAACUCCACUACUACAUCUUACUAUAGUAUAUCACCCGGCAUUUGCAUCAGAGAUAUUAAGGUUUAGAAAUACACCGAACUGCCCCCCCACAGCCUCUUUGUAUCAGCCAAGGAUAUCACCUCUGAGUGCAUAUUCGCCAUAUCCAGACCUCCGGCAACGAUCACCAUAAUUGCCAUCGAUCUAGAGAUUCUUUGUUGUUGCCGUUGCAGUCGCCCUUACCCACCACCGGCAACCCUAAUCUCGUCUUGAUUGUUUCAGACGGUCAACACUGCCACUUGGAAACUGUCUGCCUCACGAUUCCAGAACAACUGCAUCUCAUAGCUUUCUGGCGUUGGCCUCACCCCCUCGGGUCCGGUCCGAUCGGUCUUCCUCAAGUCCUUCUUGGAGACAGUCAGCUAUCCUUGCAGUUGCACAUCCUCCCCUUCCCUUGCAGGUUUCAAGUCAGUAGAUCAUCAGCACAGGUAUUCUGGCCAAAAAGAGAACGUGGGAACACAUCAGACGAUCGGCUCUUUUCCUCGACCGGUGCCGUCCUUGGUCCAUCCCGGCCUCCGACUUAGACCAGGCCCGGGUGAUCUGAAAGCUCAGGAUCGGCGAGUUGCCAAACGGGCUCCCCCUGGCCUUGAUCUCUUUGGGCGUGGGCAAACGCAGAUCAUCCAGAAAAGCACGUGGAAACAACAGACUGCCUUAUCAACCCCGGCAUCUCUUGCGUGGCUGUGUGAGGCUCCAUCUCAGCCUCGUCUUUACGACUUGACCACAGUUCCGACGACCGGCCUACCAGCCUCGACGAACCAUGGGUCUGUUGAGGCUAUACGUCUGGGGCCCAGCCUUUGGGCUUCCGUCACUAGAUGCCGAGUGCCUGGCUGCCAUUGCAUACUUUCAGCAGAACGUGAGACAAGGCGACUAUGAGAUUGUUGCCAGCAGUCCCUCGGCUGUGCCCACCAACCAUCUCCCGGCUCUCCACGACACAAUCACAAAUGGAUGGGCGGCAAGCUACCAGGGCAUUCUGGACAUGCUCACCAACCACCCCAGCAGUACCACCCAACACCCCUCUCCCGAUCCUUCGGCCUCGGCCAGAAUCGCACAUUUGACCGCACAGGCAUCUCCCCUCCUCGCCCUGUCACUCUACGUCUCAUCAGCCAACUACGCCACCACGACCCGUCCCGCCCUGUCCUCCGUGCUCCCCUUCCCCCUCGGCUGGACCGAGGCCCCCGCCCGGCGCCGCCUCAUGGCUCGGCGCGCCGACCACCUGGGCCUCUCGGACCUCGACACCGACGCGGACCCAGACGACCAGCAGAACCUCAACGUCGCCGACAGCACGCGCAAGUCCUUCAUCCCAGCGCGCCUCCAACCCCGCCCCUCCAAGACGGUAUCGUCCGCCCUGACCCCGGAAGCCAAGGCCCGAUUCCGCCUCGACGCCGCCGCCGCCGACGUUCUCCACGUAGUGGCCGCCGCCCCGCCCACCGCAUCCUCCUCGUCCCCGUCCGCCUACGACUGCCUCGCAUUUGGCUACCUGGCCCUGAUGACGGUCCCGGACCUCCCACGCCCUUUCCUCGAGGAGUUUAUCAACGCCCGCCACCCAGCUCUGCGCGACUUUGUGACCGAUGCCCGGAUUGCAUGGUUCUCAUCGUCGUCGUCGUCGUCAACACCAUCGCUCCCCUGGUCGUCGGACCCGACGCUGACCGCCGCGUCGCCGCUGUGCGUGGCCUCUCGCCUGGCCGCGGGCUGCGUCGCGGCGCUCCCCGGCGGCAUGGGCACAGCGUGGUCGGCGUGGGCGCACGGCCGGCGGAGCGCGCGGCUGCAGGGCCGGACGACGGGCCGGGGCGGCAGCAUGGAGCACGGCGAGGUCGCGUGGACGCUGGGCCUGGGCGUGCUGUCGGCGUCGGUCGUCGCGGCUGCCGUCAUGCUGCUGCGGGACGUCUUGGCCACGCACAGGUUCGGCGCCCCGCUGCAGGUGUUUGAUAGGGUGCGGAGGCUCGGGGGCCUGUGGGCUGUGGGUUCUGCGGGUGCGGUCUUGGGCGGCGCCGGUAGGCAAUUGGGCGCUGGUCAGUUUGCGAGGUAG